AUGGAGUUCUUCAAAGUGCAGCUCUCGGACACCUUCAAGUCCAUGAAGCAACAGGGUUUGGUGGAUGAUCAGUUCACUUUUGUCUACUCGUUGAAAAAGAAUGUCGAAGAUAAUUUCUACAUCGAAGUGAUACCUGAAUUUUGCUGUGAAGUUCGAGAUGGCUUGAAAUUUUUGACACAAACAAUGAAUGAUCAAACUUUGAACUACAAACUUAUGAAAGAAUAUGUUUAUAAAGUUAAGGGAAGUUCUUCAAGUUUUGGGGCAUGUAGAUUGGCAAAAGCACUUACUGACUUUGAACGCACUAUUGAUGCAGCCUCUAAAGAAGAGUGUUCGAAGGCACUGAAACAAGUUCAACGUGAAUUUUCUGCUCUAGAAGAAAAACUUCAUAUUUGCCUUAAGCUUGAAAGAAGUUUAGUUCUCAAAGCUAUUGAGGGAAUGGCCAAUAUGUGA